GCAGCCGCUGCUCCGAAGCAAACGACGCCGCACUCUACGGUCAGUCGUUCACGGACCCGGAGUGUUCGUUUACCUGCUCCGAUCGGUGUGGUCGGCGUGCAUCUGUGCUCCUGCGAAUUCACGACCGUGUCGUUGGUGAAAAUCAGUGUCCUUAGAGAAGUCGGGAUAAGGAUGUGGCGAGAACCACCAGGAGGUGGGUGCAAGAUACCCACCCACAUCGUCAUGAUGUUCCUCUUGGCUACUUUCUUGGCAUUGACAAACGUUGCUUUGGCUGAAGAUGAAUCAAUGGGACCGGUGUUUGUCAAGGAACCACCAAACCGAGUUGAUUUCUCAAACGGAACCGGAGCUGUCGUUGAAUGCCAGGCGAGAGGAAACCCUCAACCGGAUAUCAUCUGGGUUCGUGCUGAUGGAACUGCUGUAGGAGACGUUCCCGGAUUGAGACAGGUUCUGCCAAAUGGAAAUUUGGUGUUCCCUCCUUUCCGCGCUGAAGAUUACCGUCAGGAAGUUCACGCUCAGGUCUACAGCUGCUUGGCACGUUCUCCUGCAGGUUCUGUACACAGUCGUGAUGUCAACGUGAGAGCCGUGGUCCAGCAAUUCUACGAGACGAGGGUCAUCGAUGAAUUUGUCUUACGCGGAAAUGCGGCUACCCUGAAAUGCCUCGUGCCAAGCUUUGUGGCGGAUUUUGUAGAUGUGAUUGAAUGGCAGGAUGAGGAUGGCUCCAUGUAUAGCGCGAAUAACCAGCAGGAAAAGGAUGGGAAAUACCUGGUACUACCGUCCGGGGAACUGCACAUUAGGGACGUCGGACCCGAAGAUGGAUACAAGACCUACCAAUGCCGCACCAAGCACAGGCUCACGGGUGAAACUAGACUGUCCGCCACGAAGGGACGUCUCGUCAUAACUGAACCGGUUGCCAGUACGAAACCGAAAUUUCCAAUGACAGAAAACUCUCGUACUCUCACAACAUACACGGUGCAACGUGAGCAACCUCUGACCUUGCCAUGUCCAGCUCAAGCAUUUCCUGUACCGAAUUACAGAUGGUACAAGUAUAUCGAAGGCACGACUAGGCGUCAACCGAUUCAGCUCGACGACCGUGUACGUCAGGUUAGCGGCACUCUGAUCAUCCGCGAGGCGCGAGUUGAGGAUUCCGGUAAAUAUCUCUGCAUCGUCAACAAUUCCGUCGGCGGUGAGAGCGUGGAGACUGUUUUGACUGUUACGGCGCCAUUGACCGCGGAAAUCGAGCCAAGCACCCAGACCAUUGACUUCGGCAGACCCGCGACCUUCACCUGCACCGUUCAAGGCAACCCGAUCAAGACCAUUUCCUGGCUUAAGGAUGGCAAGCCCCUUGGACUGGAGGACCGUGUGCUGAGGAUUGAGAGCGUGAAGAAGGAGGACAAGGGAAUGUAUCAAUGCUUUGUUAGGAAUGAUCAGGAAAGCGCACAAGCAACAGCUGAAUUGAAACUUGGUGGAAGAUUCGAGCCCCCGCAGAUUCGUCAAGCCUUUGGCGAGGAGACCCUUCAGCCUGGACCAAGCAUGUUUUUGAAGUGUGUCGCCAGCGGAAAUCCUACCCCUGAAAUUACCUGGGAACUUGAUGGAAAACGGCUGUCAAACACCGACAGAUUGCAAGUGGGACAAUAUGUCACGGUCAAUGGUGAUGUCGUGUCGCAUCUGAAUAUUUCGAGCAUUCACAACAACGAUGGUGGACUCUACAAAUGCAUCGCUGCGUCAAAAGUUGGAUCUGCCGAGCAUUCUGCGCGUCUCAACGUUUAUGGCUUACCAUUCAUUCGCCACAUGGACAAGAAGGCUAUUGUUGCCGGAGAAACUUUGCGCGUCACCUGCCCUGUUGGUGGAUAUCCGAUUGAGAGCAUCGUCUGGGAACGAGACACCAGGGUCUUACCGAUCAACAGGAAACAAAAGGUCUUCCCUAAUGGUACACUGAUCAUCGAGAAUGUUGAACGAAUGAGCGACCAAGCGACGUACACUUGUGUAGCACGCAACGCACAAGGUUACAGCGCACGAGGAACACUGGAAGUUCAAGUCAUGGUUGCCCCGCAAAUAGCGCCCUUCACCUUCGGUGACGAAGCGGCCAAUGCGGGCGAGAUGGCGACCGUUCAGUGCGCCGUGAUAAAAGGCGACCUGCCUAUCGACGUAGUCUGGUCAUUUAACGGCCGCGUAAUCGACGCGAAUGGCGCAUUCGACGAGCACAAUUACGACAAUUCCGAUAUAGUGAUAAGCAGGAGUAGCAAACGGGCCAGCACGCUGACGAUCGAAUCGGUAGCCGCAAGACACGCGGGCGAGUACUCGUGCACUGCGAGCAACACGGCCGGAACCGCUACCCAUUCUUCGGUUCUUUCGGUGAACGUGCCGCCUCGUUGGAUUCUGGAACCCACUGAUAAGGCAUUUGCUCAAGGAUCUGAUGCACGAGUCGAGUGCAAAGCCGACGGAUUCCCCAAGCCUCAGGUCACGUGGAAGAGAGCUGCUGGGGAUACGCCGGGAGAUUAUACUGACUUGAAAUUGAGUAACCCUGACAUUAGUGUGGAAGAUGGUACCCUCUCUAUUAAUAACAUCCAAAAGACGAACGAAGGCUAUUAUCUUUGCGAGGCUGUUAACGGUAUUGGAUCAGGCCUGUCCGCUGUCAUUCUUAUCUCGGUUCAAGCUCCUCCUCAAUUUGAAAUUAAACUGAGAAACCAAACCGCACGUCGCGGCGAACCAGCUGUUCUGCAAUGCGAGGCGCAAGGAGAGAAACCAAUUGGCAUCCUGUGGAACAUGAAUAACAAGAGGCUGGACACGAAGAGCGACCCUCGUUAUACUAUUCGUGAAGAAAUCCUGGCUAAUGGAGUAUUAUCUGACUUGAGCAUCAAACGAACCGAGAGAAGCGACUCUGCCUUAUUCACCUGCGUAGCCACGAAUGCCUUCGGUAGCGAUGACACUAGUAUCAACAUGAUUGUACAAGAGGUGCCGGAAGUCCCAUAUGGUCUCAAAGUUUUGGAUAAAUCCGGUCGUUCAGUGCAAUUGUCAUGGGCCGCACCUUAUGACGGAAACAGCCCCAUCAAGCGAUAUGUUAUUGAGUACAAGAUCAGCAAGGGUUCCUGGGAAACUGACAUUGAUAGAGUUCUCGUACCUGGCUCGCAGCAGAACGUAGCUGGAGUGUUCAACUUGAGACCCGCAACCACAUAUCACCUUCGCAUCGUCGCUGAGAACGAAAUCGGCACAUCCGAUCCAUCUGACACGGUUACCAUCAUCACCGCCGAGGAAGUGCCUAGCGGCCCGCCAACCUCCGUCAGAGUAGAAGCUCUUGACCAGCACACGCUCAAGGUAAUAUGGAAAGCUCCGCCGCGCGAGGACUGGAACGGUGAGAUUCGCGGAUACUACGUUGGACAUAGACAAUCAUCGGACAAGCCUUACAUGUUUGAAACUGUUGAGUUCGCCAAGGAAGACGGAAAGGAACACCAUUUGCAAAUCAUGAACCUUAAGACCUACACGCAGUAUAGCGUAGUGAUUCAGGCAUUCAACAAAGUCGGCGCCGGACCUUUGAGCGAGGAAUGCAAGCAGCAUACCGCGGAAGGCGUACCCGAGCAACCACCUCAUGACACCACCUGCACGACUCUCACCUCUCAGACUAUCCGAGUAUCCUGGAUGUCCCCACCUUUGAGCGCGGCCAACGGCGUUAUCACCGGUUACAAAGUCAUCUACGGACCGUCUGACACGUGGUACGACGAGAACACAAAGGAUACCAAGAUUACGUCUUCCAGCGAAACCAUCCUGCACGGCCUCAAGAAGUAUACGAAUUACAGCAUGCAAGUCUUAGCUUUCACUUCCGGUGGAGAUGGCGUCAAGUCCGCACCGAUCCAUUGUCAGACAGAACAAGACGCACCCGAAGCUCCGAUCGCUAUUAAAGCUCUGGUCAUGUCCGCGGAAUCUAUUCUCAUCUCAUGGCGCCCGCCUAGCCAACCUAACGGAGUUAUCUCUCAAUAUACUGUUUACACCAAAGCUGACAACGCCGAGGAAGCUACCAGCCAGAAAGUACCACCGAAUCAACUUACUCAUGAAGCAUCCGGCUUGGACAAACAACGCAGAUAUGAAUUCUGGGUGACUGCUAGCACAAACAUCGGUGAAGGUGAAGCUUCUAAGAUCGUGACAUUAGGACCAAGCGUUCGAGUACCGGCCAAGAUUGCAUCGUUUGACGACAAGUUCACCGCCACGUACAAAGAAGACGUGAAAUUGCCUUGCCUUACUGUUGGCGUGCCUGCACCGGAAGUAACAUGGAAGGUACGAGGCGCCGUUCUUCAACCAAGUGACCGACUGCGACAGUUGCCCGAAGGAUCUUUGUUCAUCAAGGAAGUCGAUCGUGCGGAUGCUGGAGAGUAUUCUUGUUAUGUAGAAAAUUCCUUUGGCCACGACACCGUCACUCAUCAGCUGGUCGUACACGCUCCGCCGCACUCACCGCAAGUAACCCUUACCGCCACCACCACUAACUCUUUGACAAUGAAAUUGCGCCCACAUCCCACUGACAACGCACCAAUCCAUGGUUACACGAUCCACUACAAACCUGAGUUCGGCGAUUGGGAAACUGCUCAGAUUGGCUCCACAGUACAGAAAUAUACCUUGGAGAAUCUGUGGUGUGGCUCACGAUACCAGAUCUAUGUCACGGCAUACAACGGAAUUGGAACUGGCGAUCCCUCAGACAUACUGAACACGCGCACGAAAGGCUCCAAACCAAUCAUUCCCGAAGCAGGCAGAUUCAUCGAGGUAUCCACGAACAGCAUCACUCUGCACUUGAGCGCCUGGUCUGACGGUGGCUGCCCCAUGUUGUAUUUCGUCGUUGAGCACAAGAAGAAGCAUCAGCAGGAAUGGAAUCAGGUAUCGAACAAUGUCAAGCCGGGCGGUAACUUCGUAGUAUUGGACCUGGACCCCGCGAGCUGGUACCAUUUGCGCGUUACUGCACACAACAACGCUGGUUUCGCUGUAGCCGAGUAUGAAUUCGCGACGUUGACGGUGACUGGCGGCACGAUCGCACCUCCCGUACGUAACGGCGGUAACGACAACACGGACGUGAGGCGUUAUUUCCCGUGGUUACCAAGCUGGCUCGACGUAAACGUGGUGGUGCCGGUCGGCGCAACGGUCGUUGUCAUAAUAGUAGGAAUAGUUGUCAUUUGCGUCGCGCUCUCGAGGAGAACUCGAGGCCCGGAACAAACACGGCUGCGAGGUAUCUCUUCAGCCGACGAGAAAUAUUACGAGGGACAAUACGAUGUGGUCUAUCAGCAAACUGGAGUCGGCGGAGCCACGCUGGACAAACGUAGGUCUGAUCUUCGCGACGAAUUGGGAUACAUCGCACCGCCUAACCGCAAGCUGCCACCUGUACCCGGCUCUAACUACAACACCUGCGAUCGCAUCAAGCGAGGUGGAACUGGCUCUAUAAGGAGUCACUCGACGUGGGAUCCUAGGCGGCACAUGUAUGAGGAAUUGAGUCACUACGCGCCCAACAGGAGAUGUCCGCCGCCACCACGUAUGGGCAGUGCAGACGGUCUCUCGCACAGAGGUAUGGAGGAUGAGAUCUGCCCGUACGCUACUUUCCAUCUUUUGGGAUUCCGUGAGGAAAUGGACCCGAGCAAGGCUAUGCAAUUCCAGACCUUUCCCCACCCAGGAAAUGGCCACUCCGGCACCAUGGGACCACCCGUAGGACAUCCGACCAACGCCUCCGCUCAUAGCCGAUCUGGAUCUCAAUCUAUGCCUCGUCAAAAUGGUCGCUACUCCCGAGUACCGUCUCAAGGAGGUGGCAGCGGCACUCAUAACGUCUUCUCUCCUGAAUACGACGACCCGGCCAAUUGCGCUCCCGAAGAAGACCAAUACGGCUCACAGUACGGACAAUAUGGCGCACCCUACGAUCACUAUGGAUCUCGCGGAUCGGUUGGACGUCGUAGUGUAGGUUCGGCUCGCAAUAUUCCCGUCUCAGGCUCGCCGGAACCGCCACCACCGCCACCGAGGAACCACGAUCAAAACAACUCCAGCUUCAACGACAGCAAAGAGAGCAACGAGAUCAGCGAGGCCGAGUGCGAUCGCGAUCAGCUUGUCAACCGCAACUACGGCGUGAAUGCUCGCAGCAAGGACGGCAUGACCACCGAGGAGAUGCGUAAACUCAUAGAGAGGAAGCCAAACGAAGCUCCCGGCCGGCAAACCGGCGGCCCCCACGGCGGUCACGGGGGACUCCUCACACCCUACGAUACUGUGGCAGUGUAACCUGUAAAUCAUCUUCCGUGAUUUUCCGUCUCUCUCGAUAGCCGGCGGCCGCGAGGAAACCCGAGAGACGCGGAAAUGAGGCGCACGCUAAUUCUUCCCCCGGUGCUGUCGUCGGUCCAAUUUGCAACGAUUUACGAUAGAAACUAGAAAACGUCGUCGCGAGUAGAUAGAUUCGAUUACCACGUAAGGUGUACGCGCGUUGAUAUCAUCUCGAGAUCGUGAUUGCGGACGAGGGUCCAUGGUUUACCUCGCGAAAUGGGACCGCUUCCUUCGCCCAACGACUAUAUCACUCGAUUUUUCUCAUUCUCUCACCCCUGGGCCUUUCCCAUUUUCCUUGUAAUUUCUUCACGAGCAUAAUCGAUCGUUCAUUUACAUUCGGUCCUCGGAAAGGCCAAUAUUCGGAACUGCCUUGAUUUUGAUACACUUUUUCAAGCUGUUUCAAUCGAUUACGCACACUCGGGAAGGCCAGACUAAAGACUGCCUACUUCUACUUAACUGCCCUUUCGCGAAGGAGGCACAGCGAUUCAUGAGGUCAGCUACACCUCGUUCGUAAGACCCGCGAGCCCCGGAACACCUCGCACACGUUCACUUAAAUCGCGUAAUCUCUUUUUUUACUUUUUUUCUACUAAUCGAUAAGGCGGAAGGCCUCGCGUUUCGGCGAAGACAAUGUCCUCCCCGAUGAAAUAAUCGCAGUAACGACACGUAACGAAGCGGAAUUACACUCUCGGCGAUAUCCAAUCGUAUAGAGCUUCUCGUGCUGCCGUCGAACGUGUACGCGGGGUUCGAGGCUCGCGACUGCCGCGCGAGGCUGUCCUGUAGGAAGGCGAACACCCGGAAGUUGUGUUCGCGGACACCCAGUCGCGGCAGGAACGCGACCCGCGAUGGUGCUCUCGGCGACGGUGACGGUUUAACGGGGGUCUUCUGAUAUAUAUCCGGGAUAUAAUCCUAGAUUACAAUCGUCGCAGAAGUCGUGUAAUGUGUUAAAGAAAAAAUAACAUAUAAACGAUAUAUACACAUAUACACACACACACAUUAACACACACAUACGUAUACGCACACAAACAUACAUACAACACAACACACGUACAUGUGCAUGUGCAUGUACAAACCUGUAGACAUACAUAUACCACACACACACGCACGCACACACAGCACACACGAGAUUAGUUGGUCGCUUUUUAAGUCAUGGUUGUGCCACACUGCCGCUCCUCGCGGGCGUACAAUAUAUACAUACAUGCGUACAUAUACUAUAUACAUAUACUGUACGAUUUAUAAUUUCGUAACGAAGGUUGUGUCUCCUCGUCCCUCUACACCCCCUUGACGACCGGCAAUCUUGAGUCUCGAUGUCGCGGAGAGCGCGAGAAAGAAUGCAUAGGGCACGUUUUCACACUUCAUCUUCUUCGUCGCCGUCAUCCUCCAGCGAUUCGUUUAAGCGAGCGCUAAUCCGAUUGAUUCACGGGGCACUUGCGUCCCCGUUGCUACGCUCGCACGCUCGCUCGCUCCCGAAGUUACACACGAAAUGCCGGUCGACUACCCGUAGGAAGAACAACGCGGCGAGCCAUCGAGGGAACGCUUCGAUAUACACGGCAGACCAGCCAGCCAUAUACAUUCACAAGCAACAUGUAACCAGCAUACGCGCCUUGGCGCGUACACGCAAUACACGCCACACCACAUUUUGCUGUCGUCCUAUAUGAUAUAAAUAUUUAGUCCGCUGUACACACCUAAUUAUCCCCCCGUGCUAAUCUUCGAUUGAUUACUACCGACGUACCGAUUAAGCUAUUCACUGAUAUCGCGACGAUGAUCGUUACAAGUGUAAGCGGUUCGAGUAAUAAAGAAGCUGGAUCUAACGUAGGUAGCUCAUAAGCUGGACGGAUGGUCGCGAGAAGGCGCCGUUUGUACUUUCGCGACGAGGCGAGAAGUCGGGACGGUCGUUUCCUCAUGCGCGAAUCGAAUAAAGCGUCCUGCUUCGGGCGACUGAUCUUUCUACCCGUUCGAACGAACGAAUGAGCAAACGAACGAAGCGGACCGCACUCGUUCGCGCAACGCGUGUGCACCGAUCUGACGACGCGCGACGUCGCGGUCACGGCGCCGCGUCUCAUAGUUCGUUUUUAUCACGAUACUAUUUCUAGAUAUAUAUACAAAUACAAAUAUAAAUAUUAUAUAUAUUAUAACUAUACACACUAUAUAUAUACGUUGUAAGUAGCUAUUUCUAGGUGUCGCAUUUGUUUGCCGAGGCGAUGCACGAGCCGGCACGUCCAGUUGGGCGACCGGACGAAGAAGCAUCCUCGAGAAAAACGUCGGCCGAGCCAAUAUUUUCGAUUCGCAACUGUGUAUAAAAUUCAUUCGCGCGAGCGUUAUCACACGAGCUUGUGUGAUACGUUCCGUAUCCUCGGACCGAAUACAAUUAAGCUUGAUCUACAACGUGUUCUUUGCUUCCUGUUUCUUCCUCUUUAUAUCUCUUUCUGAUUUAAACUUUUUAACUAGAAAAGGACACCAGAGAACAAGAAACAGGAAACAAAGAGCACAUUAUAGAUUUUAGUUUUAAUAUCUCGGACACGCGUCAUCGUGUGCGCGUGCGCGGAGCCCACUCUGUUCCGUAAUCCAUUAUUUCUUGUUAUUGUUACCAUUAACUUAAUUAAUCUAAUUUAUUAAAUCUAUUUAAUUAUCGAUAAAUAUAAGAGCGCGCCGCGCGUAUUGUUUGGUAUUAAUUCUAACGCAUCGCCGUAUAUUCCCUCCCGCCGAGUUAAUUUAAUUUCCACCGUUAUUAUAGUGCCGGGCAAAUUGGCGUUUUCUUCAUGUUUACGCGAAUAUCACGGAACCAGUCGGCCGGGCGGGAUUAAAAUUCAGUGCGCAUAACGCCGCAUAGAAUUUCGAGGGUGCUUCGUUCGCGAGUCGCCUCCGCUCUCGCGCAGAGGUAAAUUCCUACCCUCUGCCAAACCGAAACAAACUGGCCGCGGCUCGACACGCCGACGCACUUUACUCAUCGAUGUGAUUUUCAAAGGCUGCGCAGAAAAGCCUCGUGUCUCGUGUAUAUGUUAUUAUGAUCGCGCUCUUUAUCGCAAUUAACGUAUCGUCCCGAGUCACCCUCGUACGACUCAUAGUACCCACACCAUAAUGUUCCGCUCAUUUAACCGUCCCUCUCCUUUGUCCCUUCCUACCGUUCCCCGUGAAACUUUGUCGCUUCGACUCGCUUCCAAAUCUAACCAGAGCUACGUACGGUGCAAAGCCGAUACCGAUGAUAAUGAUGAUAUUAAUGCAUUCGUAUAUAUAUAUAUAUAGUGAUGUGAUCACGUCCGCGCGCUGCUAUUUUGUCCGCGGCUCAGCUUUUGUCUUAAGCGAAGUGGACGUCCGCGACGUCGCACAGGUGAUAACGUUAUGUUGUGAGCGCGGCCCAGGGUGCUCGGCAAAAAGCUCGGCCCGUAGAUGAGACCGUGUGUUUGUGUGACUCAGUGUGACAAUCGGUCAAGUCGGAUCUCGGCUAAACGCAACUUACAAGUGUGCCCCGGAAGUGGGAGCAUUAAUUGACAUCGAGCGAUGCAACUGAAAGACUGCGAAUUUACGUCCGUGUGCUCUUUUUUCACUUGUCCCUCCGCUUUGAGCGACUGUUUUACUUUCACGUAGCACAUUUCAUUCUUCUCUGCUCUCUUGUCCGCCACACCAUCAUGAACUCGGUGUAAUCUGCCGAACGUACUCUUUUUGCCGGACACCCUCGAGCCUCAUCGUUCGCUCGUCCCGCGACGCGUGGUCGACGUAUAGCUGUGUGGUAUUCUUUGCAGGAUUCGACGUUACUUUUUGAGAGACGCUGCGGAGCGCGUUGUCCGCUCGUGUAUGCUUGAUUGAUAUAUGCGUUGAAAGCGUUUGGCUGUUCUUUCUGUACGAUAGCGAACGCGGUUCUUCGAGCUCGCGCCUCUCCUCACCGUCACCUGUCAAACUCGAAGCGUUUUCUUCGCUUUCUCGCGUCCGUGACGAAACUACGCGAUGCAUCAUUUAAUGCAAGAGAAAGAAAGAGCAAAUGGGAAAAAAACGCGCUCACACCCUCCGCGUUCGCGGAGACUCGAGGAUCCGCUCGCAGUGUACUGUUUCCUCAACGCCACUAUUUUAUGUUUUUGUACCAAAGUUGUAGCGUCUAACUUUGCGUUAAAUAAAUAAAACUUAAAAUGGGC